CAGCAAUACAGCAGGUUGCAGCCUAGAUUAGGACAUUAGGUGCAACUGCAAUAAAUGCUCACGAUUAAAGAUAGUACUAUAGUACUUAGGUACCUAGGUAGUGUUAAUUACUUUACCAGCGCGGGAACUUCCAAGUUUUAAGUUCCAAGCGUCUGAUGCUUAAAUAUUGCGAAGAGAUCUUAUUACGUCCAAUGCAUAAGACACUAAGACAGUACGCGUUCACAAAAUUUAAAUUUCAAGUGGUUGUUAGUUGUCACUUAAUAGUUAAUACAAGUAAACAAGAUGUAUGCUAUUCCUUCAACUCCUUCAGUGAUUGAGUAUUAAAAUUAUCUAAGUACAUCAUUUAUUUUUUUUUUAUAGCUAAAAAAAAAAAUGAAACAAAUAAGUUAGGUAAAUUUGUAAAAUUAAUUAAAAUGAACAACAGUAAUGGUGUACAUAAUGAAAGUUUGAAAAAAAAAAUUCCUAAAAAGAAAAAAUUUGGUCAAAUUUCAAUAGUGUUGAACACUAAUAAAGAAGUAAAAGCUUGUGAAAAAGAUGUUGAACAAAAUAUUUAUGAUUUUAGUGAAACUAUGAAGACUAAAAAGAAGUCUAUUAAUGCUUCAGAAAAUAUAUUGUUGAAAAAUAAUGAAUUUGAUGCAAUUAAAAAAUCAAGAAAGAAGAGUAAAUAUAUUAAGAGCUUAAAUUUAAUAGAGUGUUGUACAAAUAAUUAUACCAGAACCAAAAUGUUUGAAAAAUCUGAUGAAGAAGUUGGUGAACAAAAUAUUAUUGAUUUUUAUACAAAGAACAAUAUAAAUCCAAAAAUAAAGUCUACAGUAAAUGCUUUAGCACAUUAUAAAACAUCCGAAGAAGUUAGUGAACAGAAUAUUAAUGAUUCUGGUUUUUGGAAAAAUUUAAACCAAACUCUCAAGUCUGAAUUGAAUACUUUAUCAGAUAAUUCAUUGGAAAAUAAUUCUAGCAAAAAUAAUGAUAGUGUGGUUACUAAAAAACUUAAAAAAAAGAAAAAGCACAAUAAAAGUUUAAAUUCAAUAGAACUAAAUACCAAUAAUGAUAUAGAAAUCAAUUUAUUUGAAAAAAAUUAUAAAGAAGAUGAAGAACCAAAUAUUAUCAAUUCUUGGAACAAUAUUAGCCAAAAACAAAAAUAUAAAACACAUGCAUUAGCAGAUAUUGAUAAUGUUCCAACAAAAAAACGUAAACAGAAGAAAAAUCUUGAUAAUAGUUUAAACACCAAUCAUGACACAGAAGACAUAACAUUUGAAGAAGUUGGUAAACAAAAUAUUAAUGAUUCUGAAACCAUUAAUUUUAACAUAGACCAUGAAAAUGUUAAAACUAAAGGACCUAAAAAGAAAAGGCACAAUAAAAGUUUAAAUUCAAUAGAACUAAAUCCCAAUAAUGAUAAAGAAAUCAAUUUAUUUGAAAACCCCUAUAAAGAAGAUGAACAAAAAAUUAAUGAUUCUAGUUUCAGAGGAAAUAUGAGAGAAAAAAUAAAUCUUUCAUCAAAUAUUUCAUUGGAAAAUAAUUCUAGUAUAAAUAACGAUAGUGUGGUAACUAAAAAACUUAAAAAAAAGAAAAAGCACAAUAAAAGUUUAAAUUCAAUAGAACUAAAUACCAAUAAUGAUAAAGAAAUCAAUUUAUUUGAAAAAAAUUAUAGAGAAGAUGAAGAACCAAAUGUCAAUUCUUGGAACAAUAUUAGCCAAAAACAAAAAUAUAAAAUACAUGCAUUAGCAGAUAUUGAUAAUGUUCCAACAAAAAAACGUAAACAGAAGAAAAAUCUUGAUAAUAGUUUAAACACCAAUCAUGACACAGAAGACAUAAUAUUUGAAGAAGUUGGUAAACAAAAUAUUAAUGAUUCUGAAACCAUUAAUUUUAACAUAGACAAUGAAAAUGUUAAAACUAAAGGACCUAAAAAGAAAAAGCACAAUAAAAGUUUAAAUUCAAUAGAACUAAAUCCCAAUAAUGAUAAAGAAAUCAAUUUAUUUGAAAACCCCUAUAAAGAAGAUGAACAAAAAAAUAAUGAUUCUAGUUUCAGAGGAAAUAUGAGAGAAAAAAUAAAUCUUUCAUCAAAUAUUUCAUUGGAAAAUAAUUCUAGCAUAAAUAACGAUAGUGUGGUAACUAAAAAACUUAAAAAGAAAAAGCACAAUAAAAGUUUAAAUUUAAUAGAACUAAAUACCAAUAAUGAUAAAGAAAUCAAUUUAUUUGAAAAACCCUAUAAAGAAGAUGAACAAAAAAUUAAUGAUUCUAGUUUCAGAGGAAAUAUAAGCGAAAAAAUAAAUCUUUCAUCAGAUAUUUCAUUGGAAAAUAAUUCUAGCAUAAAUAACGAUAGUGUGGUAACUAAAAAACUUAAAAAAAAGAAAAAGCACAAUAAAAGUUUAAAUUCAAUAGAACUAAAUACCAAUAAUGAUAAAGAAAUCAAUUUAUUUGAAAAAAAUUAUAGAGAAGAUGAAGAACCAAAUAUCAAUUCUUGGAACAAUAUUAGCCAAAAACAAAAAUAUAAAAUACAUGCAUUAGCAGAUAUUGAUAAUGUUCCAACAAAAAAACGUAAACAGAAGAAAAAUCUUGAUAAUAGUUUAAACACCAAUCAUGACACAGAAGACAUAACAUUUGAAGAAGUUGGUAAACAAAAUAUUAAUGAUUCCGAGACCAUUAAUUGUAACAUAGACGAUGAAAAUGUUCUGGAUAUUGAAUUUCCUUUAAAAGUUUUAGGACAUAAAAAUUAUUUUAGGAAAGAAAAUGAAGAUGACAUAAGUAGUUCUGAUGAUGAAAUGUAUUCAACACUUACCCACAAAAUAUCCAAAAGACGAAAUACGAACCAUUUAAAUAUGCAUAUAACUGAUGAUGACUUAUCAGAUAUUUCAUUGGAAAAUAAUUCUGCCAUAAAUAACAAAAGUGUGGUAACUAAAAAAAUUAAAAAAAUUGAAAAGCACAAUAAAAGUUUAAAUUCAAUACAAUUAAAUACCAAUAAUGAUAUAGAAAUCAAAUUAGUUAAAAAAACUUAUGAAGAAGAUGAACCCAAUAUUAAUGACUCUAAUUUCAGAGAAAAUAUAAAUCUUUCAUCAGAUACUUCAUCAGAAAAUAAUUCUAGCAUUGAUAAUGAUAAUAUUGUAACUAAAAAACUUAAAAAAAAGAAAAAUCACAAUACAAAUUUAAAUUCAAUACAAUUAAAUACCAAAAAUAAUUUAGAAAUCGAAUCAUUUGAAAAAACUUAUAAAGAAGAUGAGGAACCAAAUAUUAUCGAUUCUUGGAACAAUAUUAGCCAAAAACGAAAAUAUAAAAUAAAUACAUUAGAAGAUAUUGAUAAUGUUCCAACAAAAAAACUUAAAAAGAAGAAAAAUAAUGAUAAUAGUUUAAACUCAUUUGAGUUCAAUACCAUUAACGAUUCAGAAAUUUCUCAAAACCAUUUUAAACUAAAAACUUUGUUAAAUUCCAUGGAAUCUAAUGAUUUUGAAGGCACAACAACUGAAAUUGAAACAAAAUUUAAUUUAAUAAAAUAUUUAAAAAAUAAAGAAGCUUCAUUACAAAAUCAUCCUAAAUUUAAACAAAUAAAGGAAAUGUUGUCUAAGAAAAUUAUGGGCAUUGUAAAUAAAAAUUGUCAAAUCACAAAUUCUGACAUUGUAUUGCUGAAAACAAUUGGAAACAUAAUUUUGGAAAAAAUUGUUGAAAAAAUGAAUGCUGCUCAGGAUAUAAAUGGUAUAAAAAUUACAUUACCAGCCGAAUGUGAGGAAAAUAAAAUUCAUUUUAUUGAGACUAAUUUAGGUAGACCUCCAAGUAAAGAAAAAAUGAAUAUUAUAAAGAAACUCAAUCCUCAGGUCAAACUUAGAGUUUUUAAUAUAGAAGAAGACAAUUUAAUUCGUGAAUAUUGGUCUAAAUUUCAAAAGGAAUAUAACGUUUCAAAUAUUCUACCAUUCUUAUCUAAUGGUUUGGAAAUGGCUUUAGAUAAUACACAAAGGUUACAAUUUGUUCGUUAUAUAUCGGCAGGACUUCCUAAUCGAUUAUUAUCUUCAGUUUUUAUUAGAUUCAAUGUUCUGUUCAGUGGACAUCAAGAUAAAACACGUUUUAGUGAAGAAGAAGACCAAUUAAUUAUGAAAGUAGAAAAAUGUGAUGUAAUUAAGACAAAAUUGUCAGUAUUAAGUUUAAUUCUAAAUAGAUCUAGAAUGCAACUUUAUAGAAGAAAUGGAGUUUUAAAAAAUCAAUUUGAAAAAUGUAAAAAAGUUUGUUGGGAUGAUCAAAAGCGCCAAGAACUAUUUACAAAUAUUCUUUUAGAAACAAAUACAGAUAAUUGGAAAGAUUUAAAAAAUUUGACACUAAAUAAAAAUACUUUAAUCAAAGUUGCGGAAAACCUCGGUGAAGAUGUAACUUUUGAAAAAGUUAGAAAGCAAUGGAAUUAUUUAUAUACCAUGUUGUUUUGUGAAAAGCCUAUUAAAAUGUUAUCAUUAAGAUUAAAGAUAUUGGAGUUAUUAGAACAACAAAAUUUUAAGCAUUUUUCGGAUGUAGAUUGGAUAGAAAUAACCAAUCAAUUAUAUCCAGGUGCAAAUAGUAAACUUAUUUGUGAUAUUUUUCAUUGUUGGAUUGACAAAAAUGUUCCAUCAAACUUAAAAAAAAAUAUUAAAGAUACGUUGAAUUACUUAAGAGAACAUAUUGUGGAUAAAAUAAGAAAAAAAAUUCAUAAACACGGCGAAAGAGAAUUUCCUAGACUCACAGUUCAAGAUUAUGAUUUGUUAGUAGUGAUUGAUGAAUAAAAAUAAUUAAUAAAUAUAUAUAUAAUUAUAUAAUAUA